GGAGUCAGUGAUCGCUGAUCAGUCCGCACAGCUCCGCUCUCCUCCGGACUCAUCACCGCCGCCUCCAGGAUGCUUCCCCCCGGGAUCUCGGCUCUGUCUCUGCUCACCCUGGCCAGCCUGUGCCCGCCAAUCCGAGCCUUCAACCUGGACACCGACAAGGUCACCGUCUACACCGGACCCCCCGGCAGCUACUUCGGAUACUCUGUGGAUUUCUAUACUCCGGACCCCCGAACGGCAAGUGUUCUGAUUGGAGCACCUAGAGCCAAUACCUCCCAACCAAACAUUGUAGAAGGAGGCGCUGUGUAUAAUUGCCCAUUCCCGAAGACGGGGACGACCGGAUGCAAACGCAUUCCAUUUGACAAUACUAGCAACAGGCACAGCAGGCUGAAUGGAACCAAACAGGCGGUCGAAUUCAAGUCAAAACAAUGGUUUGGGGCAAUGGUCAGGUCUCAUAAGGAAAAAGUUGUGGCCUGUGCACCUUUAUACCACUGGAGAAGCGUAAAAGAAACCAGUGAACGAGACCCGGUGGGGACCUGCUACAUUGCCAUUCAGAACUUCAGCUCAUACGCAGAAUACUCUCCUUGUCGCAACCGUAAUGCUGACCCUGCGGGACAAGGUUACUGCCAAGCAGGAUUCAGUCUGGAGUUUUACAAGAAUGGGGACCUGGCUCUUGGAGGACCUGGCAGCUUCUACUGGCAAGGACAAGUCUUCAGUGUCAGCAUUGCAGAAAUCAUUAGGGGUUAUUCCUUCAAGGACAUUUUACGGGAAGUGGUCAGAGAAAGAAGGACCAAAGUCGCUGACUCAACCUACGAUGACAGUUAUCUAGGGUACUCGGUGGCUGUGGGAGAAUUUACCGAUGAUUCUGAGCAAGAGUUGGUGGCUGGAGUACCAAAAGGAGAUCAAAAUUUUGGAUACGUCUCCAUCAUUGACUCCAGCCAGAUGAUCUACAUUUACAAUUUCACAGGUGAACAGAUGGCUUCGUACUUCGGAUAUACAGUUGCCGUGUCAGAUGUAAACAGUGACGGAUUGGAUGAUAUCCUGGUGGGGGCACCGCUCUUCAUGGACCGAGAAUUUGAGAGUAAUCCAAAGGAAGUGGGCCAAGUCUACCUCUACUUGCAGGAAAGAUCUCUUAUUUUUAAAGAUGCCCAAGUUCUGAUGGGGACUGAAGUGUUUGGAAGAUUUGGCAGUUCAAUUGCAAACCUAGGGGAUUUAAAUCAAGAUGGAUUCAAUGAUGUUGCGAUCAGCUCUCCAUUUGGAGGGGAAGAUAGAAAAGGACGAGUAUUUAUUUACAACGGGAACAGACAUGGAUUGAACAAGGGCCCUUCCCAGGUCCUAGAGGGGUCCUGGGCCUCUGGCACCCUGCCGGCUGGAUUUGGCUUCACCCUGAGAGGGGAUUCAGACAUAGACAAAAAUGAUUAUCCAGAUCUCAUUGUUGGAGCCUUCGGUGUAGAAAAAGUAGCAGUUUACAGGGCCCGACCUGUAGUUACAGUGGAUGCUCAGCUUUUUCUCAACCCUACGAUUCUGAACCCUGAGGUCAGGACCUGCCAGCUCUCCCUCCCAGACACCUCUGACAUCAUGGUGACUUGUUUUGCUGUGAAAGUCUGUGUACAAGUAACGGGACAAGGCAUUCCUCAUAAUAUAGUUCUUAAUGUUGAUCUUGAGUUGGACUGGUUGAAACAGAAAGGAGCCGUGAAGAGGACACUGUUCCUUGACCACAAUAAUGCGCAGCACACGUUUCAACUCGUAGUAGGACGGGAAAAGGAGACGCAGUGCCAAAACUUUGAUGUUUAUCUAAGAGAAGAAUCAGAAUUUCGAGACAAACUCACCCCCAUUACUGUCAGCUUGAAUUACAGUUUGGAUGAAUCUGCCUUCUUGAAUGAACUGGAAUUGAAACCAAUAUUAAACCGAUUUAGGGAGGCACGAUUACAGAAACAGGCACACAUUCUCGUAGAUUGUGGAGAAGACAAUAUGUGCAUUCCUGACCUGAAACUAGCGGCCCAAUUGGAUAAGAAACAGCUAAUUAUAGGAGAGGAAAACCACAUCCUGUUAACCAUAAAUGCACGGAAUGAUGGUGAAGGGGCAUACGAGGCUGAACUCUAUGUCAAUGUACCCGAGGAGGCAGAUUAUAUAGGCGUUGAGCGACACAUGGAGGGCCUGCGGCAACUUAACUGUGAAUACAAAAUGGGAAAUGACUCUCGGACGGUAGUAUGUGACCUCGGAAACCCCAUGGUGGCUGGAACCAAUCUCUCACUCGGCCUUAGAUUUAAUGUACAGAGGUUAGAAAAUGCAGAAAGCAUCAACUUUAGCCUAUACGUGAAAAGUUCCAAUAAGGACAACUCUCAAAGUAACUUUGUUAGUCUGGAAAUCCCUAUAACUGCCACGGCCCGGGUAGAGAUAAGAGGGGUGUCUCAUCCUCUUCACAUCAUCUUGCCCAUUGCCAACUGGGAACCCAAACAAAAGCCAUCCGAGGAGGGGGAAAUCGGGCCGCUGGUACAACACAUCUAUGAGCUUCACAAUAUAGGACCAAGUGCAGUUGGCGAGACACACCUCACCGUGGGAUGGCCGUCACAGAGCCGAGAAGAAUUUCUCCUUUAUGUGUUUAAAAUUGAUACGGAAGGACCAAUUACAUGUAACCCAAGUAUUGCCAUUAACACCUUGGACAUACAGCCGAGUAAAGCAGAAGCUACUCCAGGAUUAACGGCUUAUUUGCGUAACUCCAGCGUAUCUCAUGCAGUGAGUCGCAGAGACGUGCCUGUAGCCGAACCCCUCAGGCAUAUACCAAUCCCAACUAAACAGCUGAACUGCACGAAUGUGAAAUGUUUAACAAUCUCCUGUAAUGUGUGGCGUUUAAAUGGCGGUGAGCGCGCCCUUAUAAAGAUCAAAUCCAGGCUCUGGGCAGAGACGUUUUUACAGAGGAAGAAUGAUCAUUACGCAAUGACAGCAAAUGUAUCAUUUGAAGUCAAGAAGAUGCCGUACAACAUUCAGCCAGCAAAACUUCCAGCAGCCAGCAUAGCAAUAAAGACAUCUGUGAUUUGGGCCACUCCGAAUGUCUCAUUCGCCAUACCUCUGUGGGUUAUCAUACUUGCCAUAUUGCUGGGAUUACUGGUUCUAGCCAUACUUACACUUGUGAUGUGGAAGUGUGGAUUUUUCGACCGGGCCAGACCACCGCAGGAAGACUUAACGGAUGACACAGAAAAGUUAACAAACAAGGCUUCUGAAGCAUGAAUUGACAAAUUCUUUCUGACUGCAAUAUGGAAAGUUAUUUUUCUACCAAAAAGAUGCCUUCUUGAAUGUACCGCGUCAAUCAGAUGCUGAGUUGGUUCCAAGUGGUGCUGAACCAACCCCUUGAAAAGAUCUCAGAAAAGGUUUCACAUGAAUUUUACCAGGUUCUAUGUGCUGGGACACAAAAGAUGAAAACUUUACAGACUUGAAACUGAGGUCUCAUUAAAAACGUAACCGAAGGCAGUGCCUGAAUUACUGUACCUGUGGGAUUGUACAAGUCUACAACCAAAUCUAAAACCACUACUGUUCUGUGAACAAUACAGGAUUGACUCCAUGUUGGAACAGAACGCAAAUGCAUCACUGAGAAGGGAGUGCGGCAUUGAGUGACUGCUUAUAUGAAAGUGCCUUAAAAAAAACUGUGGGCAAUACUUUAUCAGGCGAAGCACAAAUCCCUAUUUCCUCUGCCAUACUUUCUAGAAACUAAGUAUAGAUGUUUUUUGGUAUUUUAUACAGUUGUGUGAAUGUUCUAAAGGUCAUGUCUUAUUAUAGAAUAUGUGCAAUGAAAAAUGAAUGACUCUUUGUGUGCUUGUUGCUGAUUCACAGUAAAGGGGGCCAUUUUAGGUAAGGUUGUAGCUAUGCUCACUAGGAUCGAGGGUACAAAGUAACUCAUACCUCCGAGACUUUGCUAUGAACAGAUAAAAAAUAAGGUUUUGCCACCAGAACUGCUACAGGCGCCCUGUGUAUUGUAUGUUUGUUGAAUGUAUGGUUGGUGGCUUCCAAUCAAGAAUGAUAAUUUAGAUGUAUUGCCAACAACACCGUCUUAAAUUGUGUACUGUAUAUCGUCUCAAAUUUGUGCCAGUGGAGCAGAAGAACUUAAGAUCACCUCUAUAUGAGCUGUUAAUUGCCUAAAAAGUAUAUCAUAUUGUAUCACUGCUAUUAAUAGGGUCAGCAAAGCAAGCACACAUAUCAAAUUUGACAGAAGCAGUGGGUGCUACAACCCUAUGCUUGACGUUCAACACAUAUUUGUUGCUAAACAUUACAAUUAGUACACCUUUAGAAACCACCAUUUUUGGGCUUCACCUGCUUCCUUUACAAAAAAAAAGUAUGAAACAUAAAGAGCAAACCAAUGAGACAUCUCAGGCACCAGUGAACUUGCGCCAAAGGUCUGGCAUCUGAUGUCCUUAUGUCAUAUCUGCCCUAUGUUGCACCAUAUAUGCCCAUUGCUGGUUGCUAAUCAACUUGCACUAGGGUAUAGAAACACUUUUCUGUGUAGCUGCUUGAUUCUACUUCAAUUUUCCUCAUUUGAAUGGGAUUAAACAAUUAGAUUUUCCCAAACCUGCUCUUCCAAUAUUAGAUUCUAGCAUGUUAAAGUAUAUGAUGGGUUCAUCCAUGCCUUGUGGAUUCCACUGGUGAGAUACUGUAUUAUCAUCAGAAUCUUUAAUAUAUUUGUUAUUUUAUAACAAGAAAACAUAAAACAUCCAUUGCAUUAUGGGGACACAAAGAUCUCCCCAUCCUUCAGGGCUCCAAUGUUGUGUUAAUAGGCACAGUCACCAACAUUUCUGAUUUAAACAGUGAAAGGUGCCCAGGAUCGGUAUAUACAAAUGUCUCAUAAAUAUAAAUAUAAGAGUUAAACUGACAUUGACUCCAUAUUGUUGUCCAGCUUGUGUGGAAGAACACAUCUGUCCUUGGGCUAGCAGCUAAUUUGGCACAAUGUAGACUUCCGUUCAUUUUUUUCUGUGCAAUAUAUUAUAAAUCUGAGGGCAUGUUUACACUGGUAUCACUGCAUUGUUUCUAUAUGUAUGAUGUGAUAUUGUCAAGUAUGGGCGUGUGGUUUGUUUUCAAAUCCAAAGAAAAUUGCAAUACUGUUUUUACAUUGUCCAUAUUUCCUUAACUGUACGUUUUAGCCUGAAAAAAAAGGAAUAUUUUAUAAUGAUGAAUUAUCUGUAAGGAAAAGCAGACUUAAUGUUAUUUUCAGACCAUGUUUAUUGGAAACAACAGACUAAUCAACUGAAUGUAUUUUCCAUAUUGGUCUUAUCUGGCUUGUGUACCUCUGUGCUGAUUAUGAAAGACUUUUUUUUCCAUCAAAAAUUUUUUAUAAGCCGAUCACUUGCAAAACUAACAAAGAUUACAGGAAUUCUGGGAAAUGCUUGACAACAAACAUAUUAAAAGCCUAUGCAAUGUGUGAAAACUUCAUUUUUCAUUAAAAAGCAAAUAAUUGUA